CACAAAAAAUUGGAUACAUUUUGAAUAAAGCGAUUCGGUUCCUUAUCCGGGGACUGGGUUGCUCGGUGUGAUUGGCCGGCGGAGUCACAUGGUGAAAGUAACUUUACAGGGUCGCUAGCUAGUAGGAGGGCUUUAUGGAGCAGAAAAACGACAAAGCGAGAAAAAUUAUUUUCCACUCCAGAAAUUAAUGAUCAUGAGCUCGUAUUUGAUGGACUCUAACUACAUCGAUCCGAAAUUUCCUCCAUGCGAAGAAUAUUCGCAAAAUAGCUACAUCCCUGAACACAGUCCGGAAUAUUACGGCCGGACCAGGGAAUCGGGAUUCCAGCAUCACCACCAGGAGCUGUACCCACCACCGCCUCCGCGCCCUAGCUACCCUGAGCGUCAGUAUAGCUGCACCAGUCUCCAGGGGCCCGGCAAUUCGCGAGCCCACGGGCCGGCCCAGGCGGGCCACCAUCACCCUGAGAAAUCGCAGCCGCUCUGCGAGCCGGCGCCUCUCUCAGGCGCCUCUGCCUCCCCAUCCCCAGCCCCGCCAGCCUGCAGCCAGCCAGCCCCCGACCAUCCCUCCAGCGCCGCCAGCAAGCAGCCCAUAGUCUACCCUUGGAUGAAAAAAAUUCACGUUAGCACGGUGAACCCCAAUUAUAACGGAGGGGAGCCCAAGCGCUCGAGGACAGCCUACACCCGGCAGCAGGUCCUGGAAUUAGAGAAAGAGUUUCAUUACAACCGCUACCUGACCCGAAGGAGAAGGAUCGAGAUCGCCCAUUCGCUGUGCCUCUCUGAGAGGCAGAUCAAAAUCUGGUUCCAAAACCGUCGCAUGAAAUGGAAGAAGGACCACCGACUCCCCAACACCAAAGUGAGGUCAGCGCCCCCGGCCGGCGCUGCGCCCAGCACCCUCUCGGCAGCCACCCCCGGUACUUCUGAAGACCACUCCCAGAGCGCCACGCCGCCGGAGCAGCAACGGGCAGAGGACAUUACCAGGUUAUAAAACAUAACUUACACCCUUGCCCCCACCCUGUGCUCCGUGACCCCCUUACACACAAAUUGACUCUUAUUUAUAGAAUUUAAUAUAUAUAUAUUUUUUGGUUCUUUUUCCUCUUCCUCCUGCCUCCUCCCUUGUCAGUUCCAAACAGACAAAACAGAUAAACAAGCCCCUUGCCCUUCUCCCUUCACUGUUGAGGACCCCUUUAAGCAUGUGGUGUUAUCUUAGCAUGGUACCUGCUGGGUUUUGUUUUUGUUUUUUGUUUUUUAAGGCCAUUGGGGGGGUAUUUAUUUUUUAAGAAAAAAAGCUGCAAAAAUUAUAUAUUGCAAGGUGCGAUGGUCUGGUUUGGGUGAAUUUCAGGAAAAAUGAGGAAAAGAAAAAGGAAAGGGAGAUUUUUAAGUGGAUUCUCAUCCUCUCUCCUCCUCCUUCCCCCCACUUUCCUUAGGCCUUUUGCAUUGAAAAUGCACCAGGGGAGGUUAGUGAGGGGAAGUCAUUUUAAGGAGAACAAAGCUAUGAAGUUCUUUUGUAUUCUUGUGGGGGGGGUGGGAGGAGGGGGGAGGACAGCGACAAAGCUAAAUGCAUCUGGAGAGCCUCUGGGAGCUGUUCAGUUUGAGGAGCCAAAAGAAAAUAAAAAUGAACUUUCAGUUCAGAGAGGCAGCAGUCUGUAGGUAGAUGCUCCCCUACCCCCAUCGUGGUUAUUGUGUUUUUGGACUGAAUUUACUUGAUUAUUGUAAAACUUGCAAUAAAGAAUUUUAGUGUUGAUGUGAAAUGCCCCGUGAUCAAUAAUAAACCAGUGGCUGUGAAUUA